UUUGCUCUGCCUUAUUUCGUUUUGAUCGGUCGUCCAAAGCGGUUCAUCCUUCGUCGUCGCGUGGUGCGUUCGUGCGUCUUCUUUUUCCCCCCCGGUGUUCUUUUUCCGCUCGUUCUUCUUACUUUGCCUUCCUCUACUUAGUUUUUGGAGUAGUUUAGGCUACUUCUGUCGAAAGUUUCGUUGUGACGCGGAAUUCAAGGUCGCCGACGUCGUUUGAACUUGAGUGAAUAAAAAAAUCGUGAAUUUCAACCAAUUUAUUUGUUGGUUUUUAACAAGAAUUUUGUUAAACAAGUGCAAUUUCGUCGGGCGCGCUUGCAAUUCCGAGUGAAAUUUAGUACCCAGACGUGAGGAAAACCGUUGCGUGUUUCUAACUUCGAGCCCAACCUUGAAGAAGAAAGCCGCCGCCGCAAAGAUGAAGUUGCUAACCUAUCAGGACACCCGCCAGCGGUUCUUCAACCCGUUCCACACCACCACCUCGGCGCUGGACGAUGUUGCCAUCAUGAACAUGAACAAUAACAACAACAGCACCGCCAACAAUAACCUCAACAAUCCCGCCGCCAACUGCAACAACAACAAUCAUAACACGCUAAACAACAACAACCCAAAUGUGAUAAACCAAAACAGCGUGCUGAGCGCCGGCAGCAUGAGCCCGAUGGGCGGGGACGACGGUGGAAGCGUCAUCGUCGGUGAAGACGGCAUCAUCCGGGACCAGCCCGAUCCGGACUACAUCAAGAUGUUCGUGGGCCAGGUGCCGCGCUCGAUGGACGAGCAGCAGCUGAAGGAGAUGUUCGAGGAGUUUGGCCGCGUGCACCAGAUCAACGUGCUGCGGGACAAGGCGUCCGGGCUGAGCAAAGGGUGCUGUUUUGUGACGUUUUACACGCGAAAAGCGGCCCUCAAAGCCCAGGAUGCGCUGCACAACAUCAAAACGCUCGUGGGGAUGCACCAUCCGAUCCAGAUGAAACCUGCCGAUAGUGAAAACAGAAACGAGCGCAAGCUAUUCGUCGGGAUGCUGAGUAAAAAGUACAACGAGAACGACGUCCGGCAGCUGUUCUCCGGCCACGGCUCGAUCGAGGAGUGCACCGUGCUGCGGGACCCGUCCGGCCAGAGCAAGGGCUGCGCGUUCGUGACGUUCGCCACGAAGCAGGCCGCCAUCGGGGCGAUAAAGGCCCUUCACCAGAGCAAAACGAUGGAGGGCUGCUCGGCGCCGCUGGUGGUCAAGUUUGCGGACACGCAAAAGGACAAGGACGCCAAGCGGAUGCAGCAGAUGCAGUCGAACCUGUGGAACAUUGCCGGGAUUAACCAGCCCAUCACGCAGUCGGUGACGCCGCUGACGGCGCCCGCCGCCGGCCACCAUCCGAACCCACCGCAGCAGCAGACGCCGUUCCUGGCGGCCGACGCCAUCUCGCCGGCGAGCCUGACCCUGCUGCAGCAGCUGCAGGCGGUGGCCCAGCAGCAGCAGUUCCUGCAAGGACUCAGUGCCCAGACGGACACGACGGCGGCCGCGGCCGGCCUGCUGAGCCCGCUGUCGAUGCAGAACCUGGUCACGCUGGCCGCGAUGACGCAGCCCUCGCUCCAGGCGGCGGCCGCCCAGACGCCGACGCAGGCCGCCCUCACCAACGCCGCGACCUCACUGUGUCUUUUAGGAAAGACUGCAGCGACAUCUGCCUCAGGGACCGCCGGAUCCGAUGCGGCCGCGCUGACCGCCCAGUACGCCGCUCUGCCCCAGUUCGGGUCGGCGGCCACAGCAGCAUUCACCACGACGCCUUUAGCCAACCCGACGAUGGCGCAAGCGGUGGCCGCGGCCGCCGGCAAGCAGAUCGAGGGCCCCGAGGGUUGCAACCUGUUCAUCUACCACCUGCCGCAGGAGUUCACCGACACGGACCUCGCGUCGACCUUUCUGCCGUUCGGUAACGUCGUCUCCGCCAAGGUGUUUAUCGACAAGCAGACGAACCUGUCCAAGUGCUUCGGGUUCGUGUCGUUCGACAACGGUGCGUCGGCGCAGGCCGCCAUCCAGGCCAUGCACGGCUUCCAGAUCGGCACGAAGCGGCUCAAGGUGCAGCUGAAGCGCUCCAAGGACGCCUCGAAGCCGUACUAGGAGAACGUCGGCGAUUCUUUUUUUACCUGUUUAUUAUUAUUAUUUUUUCAAAGUUUUUUUUGCUGAUUUAACGUUUUAUUCGUUAUUUGUUGGACGAUGGUGAGAGAGGAGAGAAAACACACACACACACACAGAUCGCAAUCAAAGUAGGCGUGCCGUGAUCGUCGCAGUAGCCUUUGUUGUCACUCGGAAAAUUUCACACCUCAUUUUUAUUACUUUCAAUCUUUAAAUCAUUAUUUGUUAGGCGGACAAUUCUCUCCAGCAUUGGAAAAUUUUAAAAGUUUAAUGAAAAAGUGCUUUUUUUAUUACGAUUCCAGUGGAGAGGAUUGAUCGAAGUAGGAGGCAAAACCAAAGGCAGAGUUUUUUUUUCUUUUUGUUUAUUAAUGUUUUUACCUUUCACCUAUCACACUGUUACAAAAAUCAACCAAACAAACGCAACUGCUGCGCAGUGAAUUAGAGAAAUAUGUUGCGUUUUAAAAAACUUCCUUUUUAAUUCGCCAACCCCUUGAAUUGAAUUGUUUUUCUUUCUAUUUUUCUCGUUAUUUUUAAGUAAACAAAACACAAACACAAACAAACACGCUGAAGUGAAUUCCCCGCAGUUUGAAUUUUUGUUUUUCUUAUUUUCAUCACUUUGAUUUUCUCUUACAUUAUUACCAGUGUGUGCGUUAGGCGCGUUCGUGUUAGAAGAUAAUGAGCAGCUUAAUUUAUUUCCACACACACACACACAAACACGAUUUCAUUUACACAAACACUGAUACAAAAACGCAAACUGAUUAUAACAAUCAACUAGUUAAUUUGUUAGUCGCGCCGCGCGUAUUUUACAUGUACUUGUUGUUGUUAAACGGUGUUAGUGGAACCAAGAGAGAGAAAAAGCACAAACACAAACACACACACACACGUAUACAUGUAACUAUUUAUGUAUAAUCAGAUUAAAUGUCACUCACAUUCAUUAAAGUCAUUUAUUAUUUCUGGACUC